GUCCAAUUGACUCGGCGUAGUACGUCAAGCCCUAACUUAUCUUCCUUCUCUCCCUCCAUGUUUUAAUUUCCAACAUGGGUGACAAAACUAUGAGCCUCUCGUACCCAGUACGAGGGGUGGGUGUUAUGAGCUAUCCAAAUGAUCAUUAUUCGGAAUAUGUCGAUGAGCUUCCAGAGCAGGACCUCUUUGACGAAAAUCCCGAUGACCCCGGGAUUUCUGCUCUGCAUGAGCCCGAGAGGCCGGAAAAUAACCAAGACCGAGAAGAAAGCGAUUUGCGCCAGAAAGAUUUGUACGACCGAUGCAGCUACAUCUUGGGUCAGUUAGAGAACGGACAACGGCGGUGGAGCGACGACAGGGAUGAGAACCAAAGCGCUUCUCUUCUCGAGCCCUACAAAAAGGCGAUUCUCAUAGAGACGGACGAGCGCGACCGCGAACAUCCAUCACUGCUCCAUGCACUGGCUCGAAGAUGGAACCAGUACCAUACUGACCACGCGAUCGUCCGAAAAGCCAUCAUCUAUAUUAUUGAGGAAGCUCCUAAGAAUGGGGAGAAGGAAGCCCCUAUCUGGCUCCAGGCCAUUUCGCAUGGCCACCUCGAAUUCAUCAAUUUCAUCAGACAGCAUUGCUCUGCCCACCUGCCGGAAAUUCUUGCCAUGCAAGACGACAAGGGCCAGAAUUUCUUCCAUCAUCUAUUUUAUCUGGCCAUCCGCGACAACACAAAUCAGCAAAGGAAGGAAACCUUGGACCGUGCGAAGGAGUACUUCCCCUUUGCGACCGAGCAGAUUCUAGCCACGCAAGAUAAGGAGGACAACAACACGCCACUCCACUAUGCAAUGCAUCCGCAACAAUGCCUGGGCCGUGGACAGGAAUAUGUCAAGUUGGUCAAGGAAAUGGUCCAGAGAGCCGAUAAAAUGAUGGAACGGGGUGUCGAAUUCAAUAGGCUUGGUCAGUCUCCUUAUCAGUAUUGCCUCGUUCAUUCGGCCCAAAGAAAGAUGAAGAUGAAUCCACCAAAAGCCCCAAUCGCGGCACCAACUGAUCCCAUCCCGGAUGUGAAGAGAUUAAAGUCCAACUUGCCGGAGGAAAACAAAUCACGCUCGACCACUGUGGCGGCCAACGUCAAGGCUCCUCUAGGAGGCGCCAAAAUCCCCAGCACUCCGCCUAUGCCCAUGGCCUCGAUUCCUGGGGCUCCUAUGUCCGGGAAUUCUAUGUCGGUGGACUCAAAUACUGUGGAAUCUAUGCUCGUGCCUUCUAUGUCCAAUGCCUCCGUACCCAGGGCCCCUAUGGCACCCCCUGACCGUGGUCGCCCUCGUGCAGAGGUUGAAGGGGGUCGGCAAGGAAGCAGACCUCAGAGCAUAGAUCGACAUCUCCUCCCUCACACUGGAGGGACUGGUCUCCGACGAGCACCUACCAACCCUUCCUUGGCUGUAUGGAUGUCAGGGUCUGAGGGCCUGGUUGAUGGAUCACGUCAAGGAGUGGCAGAGGUCAAAAGCCAGAAUCGAAAAGACCCCGAGCAGUCUAUGAACCACCUACUUCUAUAUCUACAUCUGCAUUAUAUUCGAGAGCGCCCGGAUUUGAUUGCGCGGGAGCUGAUAUACGGGAAGCAUGCCUGCGAGCGUAAUCUUUAUUUCGAUGCCAUCAGUCUUGAGGACAAAGAGCCGAGCCAAAUCGUCAAUCUGAUCUCACGACUCUCAAUCGGAGGCUUCGACAAAAUUCUGUCAUAUGUUCGCAUUCCCACCACCAAGAUGAAUACCCCAGCGCAGCAGGCUCCGAAGAAAGAACUCAAGAGCUAUAUGAAGAGGACGGGAGGCACAAUGCAGGGCCCGCGUUUUGAAGAAAACCCAAAUCCGGGGCGACAGUCAUUGGUUUCCGUCUUCGACGAGCUUUAUGAGGCUGGCGUGCGGAGGAUCAUCCGCCUCUUUGUUGACGACAUGGUGCCUCCACACCACUCAGAUGCCGCAAUAGAGCGCGCCAUUGCCGGGAGAGACUCCCAAGGCUUAGAAAAGCCCCGCAGGGAGAAUGGAUGCCGGAUUAUGGUAGAGACAUGGGAUUGGCAGAGACCUGAUCUUAGCAUCGAUGUGAUCCACCAGGCUGCACCAGAUGUUCAGCACUUGGUUCUAUAUUGGUCCGGAAACCAGUCCAUCUUGCGCGGAUGGGCUUCGGAGGAGGGCAUCCCACGUCUCUGUACCCCGGCAGACAAAUCCGAGUUGAAGACUGUAACAAUUCAAGCUGCUCCUGGACUGGAGUCGAGUGAACGGAUGAGACGAUCUUUUGCCGCCUUUACCCGCAGUAUUGAACAGCGCAUCAAGGACAAGUCAGCACGGCCAACCAUUAUACCAGAGUUUCAAACCGCAGGGCUUCGCUGCUGGCCAUUAUCUUCCAUGGUCAAUGGCGGUUACCUUGGGGGUGAGGGCCCCUUGGAGGUGGUACAUCGCGACAAGUGGAUGGAGGCCAUGGACCGAUUCCGCGGCUCUCUGCAACGAGUUCAUGACAGUCUUCCUGAAACGCAUCGCCAACCAGAAAGGGUCAAAGUGGCAUUAAUAGAUGAUGGGGUGCGCCUAGACAAGCUCUCGAUGUACUUUGGCCAGAUGGUCGAAGCUUCCGGGCUAAGUUACUAUCCUCGCGGGAAGCACACAGAAGAACCCUGGCAUAACUCGACCCAUGGGCACGGAACGGUACUGGCCAACAUGAUAGCCCGCAUCAAUCCGUGGGUAUCCCUGUGUGUAAUGCGUGUGAAUGACAUUCCCUCGAGGGAUGGGAGUCGCAUAAUCACUCCUCGGAGUGCCGCCAUGGCUAUCAGGGCUGCAAUCGGGCGCAAAGUCAACAUCAUAUCCAUGUCUUGGACUAUCUUAGCCAAGAGUAAAGAUAAUGGAUCGAAGAUAAAUUCCAUUGACGAUACAGCAAAAUCUGAAGAAGAUCCCGAGCUCGAGGAUCUCAGGGCUGCUAUCGGAGAAGCAGUCGAGGCAAAGAUCCUCAUCUUCUGUUCAGCCAACGACGACAUCAGUUCGAAAGUAACGGACUUUUUACCUUACCAGAAGGCCCCCAAUUAUAUAUUCCGCAUUGGAGCAGCAGAUCAGCACGGACAGCCAGACAAUGUCUCCGAGGACUUCAACGCAAUGAACUUCUACCUACCAGGUAAUAAGGUGGCCGAUACCGAGAACCCAACCGCCACGACACCGAUCUCAUAUCAUACCGGGGCAUGGGUAUCCACGGCGCUGGCGGCCGGAAUGGCCUCAUUGAUAAUUUAUUGUGCGACCCUCGGGAAGGUAUAUUACGAUUCGAUUGGUAACAAGCAAAGUGCCGAAGAGUUCGCCCGGAAGCGGGACGGGUUGAAAGAACGGAAUCAUAUGGAGACUGCCUUUCAAAGUAUCAAGUUUGCAGGAUGGAUGGGAGCAAAGUUUCCCCCUGUUUGGGGGCUAUUUGGGGAUGCGAGUGCUUCCAUAGACGGGACUGAAGAGGAUAGAGUCAGGCUGGAGGCACUGACAACUCUAGUACAUACACUCUCCUCGGGUAUCCGGUAAAGGAUACUGAUGAUUCCUAUCAAUCUUUGUAAUCCAGAUUAUCAAUAAUCAUCAAUGAUAGCAUAGAUACUAGGUGUGUAUAUACUCACUCAUUCGGGUU